GUUGUUAUUUGGUUCACUUCCUACCCUCUAUUCUCUCUGUCAAUCUCUUUGUGAUUCUCUCUUCUGCUCCAUUACACAUACUCCAGCGGCAAAGACUAAAGCGAACCACGCUCAGCCCGAGCCCUCCUUUUACUUUUUAUUGAAAAUGGAUGAUGAUCUCAUGUCUGGCUCAGGAAAUGGCUUGAUUAAUGAGACAGAGUUCGACUUCAGCUGCAGAACGUCAGUCCUUAGCACAACCAAUGUCACAGAUCAAGAAUUCUGGACUUUCCGGGGAAACCUUGGUAGUGGGACGAUAGCAAUUGCUUUUUUCGAAAGCAUAAUAUUCAUUGUAGCACUAUCAUGGAACUUGUUCAUAUUCGUAACAUAUUUAUUAAAGUAUAGAUUGCUCAAAGAGCCUGCUAACAUUAUGCUGUUUACUCUUUCAAUUGUGGAUCUUCUCGUUUGCAUAUUGAUCAUACCUUUCCCCAUAAUAGUUGUCGCCGCCAAUGGCGAGUAUAUUUUUGGAAACAGCGACGUAGUCAGAUGCAUAAUCUGUCAAGUCCAAGGAUACUUCUUUAUAUUAUCGACAGAGCUCUCCCUUCACCUCCUAGCGAUCCUUUCCAUUGAUAGAUGUAUAUUGCUGUCAAACCCACUCAAAUACAAGGACAUUAAGAAAGUCUGGACGACUGUCGUCGGAAUACUUGUCAUCUGGGUCUUUUGUUUUUUGCUUGCACUCCCUCCUGCUUUUGGAUUCGGUGAAUGGGAGUUUAAUCGGUCUUUCGGAGUCUGUAUACCGCGCUGGACACCGUUUCGUAAUUCAUUAUACAUGAUACUAUUAAUGAUUGAAGGAUUGAUACCAAUCAUAACGCUAGCUGUUACUAACGUUUGGACCUUCAAAAUUGUCAACAGGUUCUUGAAAAAGAACCUCGAAAGGAAGAAAUCAUUUCGUGCGACAAGAGAAGAGGUGGCAGUUGAAAAAUCGACCCACCGGAGUCAGCAGAACCAGCUGGUAAAGGUAUUUGGUGCUCUUUUUAUUGCUAAUAUCAUUUCUUGGACUCCACUCCUUUCUCUCACGUUUGCUAUAGCUGCCACUGACGGGGAUGGCAUACCGGCCUGGCUUUUAAUUGUUGGUUGGUUUAUGUUCCUUCUCAACCCAACAGUCCAUCCUAUCCUCGAGUCCUUCUUCAUAAAGGAACUACGUACUCGCGUGAACAGAGCAAGUAAUAGCGUGAAGCAGCAAGUACGUCGCGCUAGUCGUAGCAUACUUAAAAUGGCUACCCUGGACUCUUUCAAGGACAUACCAACAAUGAAUGAUGAGGAUGAGUCCGAGAAAAGUAGGAGGGUAUUCGGUUUGAAAAGGAAAUCCACGAGUCAAUCGAUAGGCAACGCAUCAGUGAAUACCUCAAUGACUGAUGCUAGCCCACCUGAUAGUCCUAUGGGUAUCACGAGAGCUAACACCCUCACUAAUUCCGGGAGGUUCCCUCAUAGAAAUAGACGAAGUUCUUCGCCAAAGGAUAAUAUAAUAGGGACAGAGAUCUUGCCUCCUUCUCCUCUCUUGACCCCGGUCUCGGCCGCUCUUCCUCGAAUCAGCGAAGACUCACAAUUAGCCUUAACCGAUAUCGCGAAGUCGCAAAACAAUGUAAAGCCUAAGGCGUCAUCUAUAACUGAUUUAAGUGGAAAGAAAAAGAAGAGGCACAUAAGUAUAACUGUUCCGGGAGAAAAGGACGUAUAUAGACCGGAGGAUAGGGACUCUGGUACUGUCUCACGAUCUCCUUCUCCCUCUCCUUCUUCAUCAAAUGACAGUGCAAUUGUGAGUGGAAACGAAAACGAUAAUAAUAAUAAUAAUGAUAGUCAUCAUGAAACUACAGCUAAUAAUGCUAAUAAUGAUGAUGAUACUACUACUGCUACUACUACUGCUAAUAAUAAAAUCUCUAGCCCUUUACAGUCUAAUGGCGUGAAUUCUGACAACGGUCCUUGCAAUCUCAUUUCAAUAAAAGCUGCUGGAGAAAUAGCAAUAGACAUUGAUCAAACUGUAUCAGAUUCAGACUAAUCAUACAUGCUACUGACACACUCACAUGCACUAACAAAUUAUUUGAAUAUUCGUCGUAUUUGUUGUUAUACUACUCAAUUACCAACUAAAUUUUUUUAAUUAUUUUUUAAUAGUAAUUGUUACUAGAUUUACGAUGUUGAUUGUACAAGUUAUGCUUACUGCUGUAGCAGUGUACAC